CUGGGAGAUUGCCAAAGAACAAUGGAAUAUCAUGGAGAGGGAACUCCGGGCUGCAGGAUGGAUCCACAUUAAGUGACGUUAAAGGAGGACUGGUGGGAGGCUACUACGACGGUGGAGACAAUACCAAGUACCAUUUUCCUAUGUCAUUUGCUAUGACAAUGUUGAGUUGGAGUGUCAUUGAAUACGAGCACAAGUACCGAGCCAUUGGCGAGUACGAUCACACCAGAGACCUCAUCAAAUGGGGCACCGAUUACUUACUCCUUACCUUCAACUCCUCCGCCUCCAAAAUUGACAAGAUUUAUAGCCAGGUUGGGGGUUCUCGAAAUGGUUCUACCACCACCCCUGAUGACCAUUACUGCUGGGAGAGGCCUGAAGACAUGGACUAUCCUCGCCCUGUCCAAACUGCAGUUUCAGGUCCUGACCUCAGCGGCGAAAUGGCUGCUGCUCUUGCAGCCGCCUCCAUAGUGUUUAGGGAUGACAACAGCUACUCGAGCAAGCUGGUGAAAGGUGCGGCAACCGUGUUUGCCUUUGCGAGGGACGGGGGGAAGCGGACUCCCUAUUCCCGAGGGAACCUGUACAUAGAUCCUUACUACAACUCCACGGGAUACUUUGAUGAGUACAUGUGGGGUGCAGCAUGGUUGUAUUACGCCACCGGCAAUAACAGCUAUGUUUCUCUGGCAACCAACCCGGGCUUGCCUCAGAACUCCAAGGCAUUCUUCAUGAUUCCUGACUUGAGCGUGCUGAGUUGGGACAACAAACUACCCGCGGCCAUGCUGUUGCUCACCAGGCUCAGGAUAUUCAUAAACCCAGGCUACCCUUAUGAGGACAUGCUCCGCAGCUAUCAGAACGUCACCAGCCUUACCAUGUGUUCUUAUCUUCAAACAUAUCAUGUCUUCAACUGGACUCGAGGAGGACUGAUCCAACUGAACCAUGGGGGAGGACAGCCUCUACAGUACGUGGCGAAUGCAGCCUUCUUGGCAUCACUAUAUGUUGAUUAUAUGAAUGCAACUGGCGUUCCAGGAUGGUAUUGUGGAACCUCUUUUAUCACCUUGGAUAUUCUCCGCACAUUUGCAACCUCCCAGAUUGAUUAUAUUCUAGGUGCGAAUCCCAUGAACAUGAGCUACGUGGUGGGGUAUGGGAACAAGUACCCGAAACAUGUGAAUCACCGUGGGGCAUCCAUACCUCAUGACAAGAACAAAUACUCUUGCACAGGUGGCUGGAAGUGGCGUGACUCCCGCAACCCCAAUCCUAACACCAUUACAGGAGCCAUGGUUGGAGGCCCUGACCGCUUCGACAGAUUCCAGGAUAUCCGCACCAAUUUCAGCUACACACAGCCUACAAUGGCUGGUAAUGCCGGUUUGGUCGCUGCACUUGUCUCCCUCACUGCCUCUGGUGGCUAUGGCAUUGACAAGAACACCAUGUUUUCAGCAGUUCCACCACUGUACCCCAUGAGCCCACCGCCGCCCCCGCCAUGGAAGCCCUGAAAAUUCAUUCCCAAUGUAUACCACUAGUAGCGUCUUCAUAAAGUUCAUCGUUUUAAAUUUUAUUUUAUUUUUUUUUCUUUUUCGUUUCAAUUAUUUGUACUCUUGAAUCGUACUCUGGAUUUACCUGCUCUCCUGAGCACAUCUCAUUUAC